UCGAUGCUAUUACUUUACCAAAAGAAGCAUCGAACAUGGUCGAGUUCUCUCACCAUUGAUGGAAGAACAUGGUUAUGUAUUAUCAGAGUCGGUAAGUGUGUACUCCCUACUUCGUAUUUGACUUCAAAGCUCUGGAUGGUUCUUUUAGCUAACUCAAAACGAACAAGGUAUUCUCAAAAUUGUUUGGAUUGGUCUUUCAAUGAUGGGAAAUUAUGACUCUACCUUCUUCAUCAUGCCAGUUAAUCCCUUUCUCCUAUUUGUGCGUCAAAACCAAGACUUUCAUACGUUUCCAAUGCCGUCAAUACCCAGUAUUUUCAGCUCCUUACAAAUUCUUUUCCAUGAAAAGAUUUCACAGUGCCUUUAUCCAACAGUCUUCUCUUCAAUGCAACCCACGGUCAAGUCCGGAAACUAUCGUCUCAGCUCUGAUUCUUGCUGUAAACUCCUGUUAUUCCGUCUCCUAUUGUCAUUCCAUUCAUGCCCAUGUUAUCAAAUCUGUUGACUAUAGUGAUGGGUUUAUUGGUGAUCGACUGGUGUCUUGUUAUACGAAAUUGGGAUGUGCUGAUAAUGCGCAACAGUUGUUUGAUGAAAUGCCCAACAAGGAUUUGGUCUCCUGGAACAAUUUGAUUACUGGGUUUGCAAGAAAAGGUCUGGUUGAUAAGUGCACAACUGCAUUUUUCAGAAUGAAGUUUGAAUUGGAUAUGGAACCCAAUGAGGUUACGCUUAUUGCCUUUAUCUCAGCUUGUAUUGAUUAUGGUGCUGUUGAUGUGGGAAAGUACAUUCAUGGGAUUGCGCUUAAAUUGGGUUUGUUAUUGGAAGUGAAAGUUGUUAAUUCUCUUAUUAACAUGUACGGAAAGUUUGGUUCUCCAGACGUUGCUUGUCAAUUGUUUGAGGCAAUGCCGGUACAGAAUUUUGUGUCAUGGAAUUUGAUGGUUUCAGUUCCUUCGCAAAAUGGUUUUCCAGAGGUUGGAAUUGGUAACUUUAAUAUGAUGCGAAGGACUGGACUUAGGCCUGAUGAUGGCACUAUGGUAGCGUUGCUUCAAGCUUGUGGAAAUUUAGGGGUAGGAAAACUAGCAGAGGCAGUUCAUGGUUUAAUCGUUAACUGUGGCCUCAAUGCAAAUGUAACUGUUGCAACUUCACUUUUGGAUUUGUAUGCAAAGCUAGGGAGGUUAAAGGAUUCACGUAAGGCUUUUGGAGAGCUAAUUGAUCCUGAUAGAGUUUCUUGGACUGCCAUGCUGGCAGGCUAUGCUGUGCAUGGCCAUGGAAAAGAAGCUGUGGAGUUAUUUGAGUGCAUGCUUAUGAAAGGCAUGGAGCCUGAUCAUGUUACGUUUGUUCAUUUGCUGAAUGCUUGUAGCCAUUCAGGGCUUGUCAAUGAAGGGAAAAACUACUUCAAGAUUAUGUCUCAAGUAUACGGAAUUCAGCCCAGAUUGGAUCACUAUUCAUGCAUGGUUGAUCUUCUUGGUCGCUCUGGACUUCUAAAUGAUGCUUAUGAGCUUAUUACAAGUAUGUCAAUGGAGCCAAAUUCUGGUGUUUGGGGGGCUUUAUUUGGAGCUUGUAGAGUCUAUGGUAACAUUGAACUUGGGAAAGAAGUUGCCGAGCGGUUGUUUGAUUUGGAGCCCUCAGAUUCCAGAAACUAUAUAAUGUUAUCGAAUAUGUACUCUGCAGCUGGCUUAUGGAAGGAUGCUUCAAAGGUCAGGGCUUUGAUGAAGGAUAGAGGUCUCAUCAGAAACCCCAAACCAGGGUGCAGUUAUAUAGAACAUGAAAACAAAAUUUAUAGCUUCGUGGCAGAUGAUCAAUCUCACCCCGAAUCAGAGAAGAUACAUAAGAAAUUGGAAGAAUUGAUUCAAAAGAUCAGGAAGGCUGGAUUUGUGUCUAAAACAGAGUAUGUUCUACAUGAUGUUGAAGAGGAAGUGAAAGAAGAGAUGAUCAGCAAGCACAGUGAAAAGUUAGCCAUUGCCUUUGGGAUUUUGGUAACUCAUGUUGGCAUGCCAAUAAUCAUAACAAAGAACCUUAGAAUUUGCGGUGACUGUCAUGGCACUGCCAAGUUCAUAUCACUCGUCGAAAAGAGAGCCAUUAUAAUUAGAGAUGCUAAGCGGUUUCACCACUUUGCUGAUGGAUCGUGUUCUUGUGGAGAUUUUUGGUAAUCAUGUGGAUCCAUUCAAUUAUAUUCAUGUUUCAGGAUAUUUUUUUAUACGGUUGUUAUGUAGAAAAUGGAUAUUUUCACAUGAAAUCAGGGGAGCAUCAAUCUAUGGUUAGUCUUUAUAAAUAUCUAUUAUUAGUCCUCACUCAUAAGGAGACAUGAGAAACAAUACAAAAAUUUCUUUAUAUAUUUUAUUGUUUAUUCUCUCAAAAACUUAAUAGUUUUAUUUAAACGUACCUUAUUGAUCAAUGUGGGCAUUUGGUCUAGUGGUAUGAUUCUCGCUUUGGGUGCGAGAGGUCCCGAGUUCGAUUCUCGGAAUGC